UUAGAUUAUUUUUUAUUUUGAUGGUGGUGGCUCAGAAUCAACAAACAAUUGUGAGUGGUACGAAUAGUCGUAUAAUUAAAACAGUUAAUUGUUUAUUGAGGUUGGAAAAAGUAGAAUUGUGAUUCAAGUGUUGAGAUUGAGAGUACAUUAUGCCCAUCGCAAAUAUUCUUAAGAAGGCAUCAAGCUUAAUACUUGGUGAAGAGAAAAUAAACGAAAAAAUCGAUAUAGUGUACGAAGACAACGAAAUUCUCUUUUGUAAAAAUAAUGUCUGCAUACAUCCGCCAAUUGUAGCUCGACAAGAAUGUGACAUGCUACACUAUCCAGGUUACUUAACGGUUACAACGAAAACAUUUGUUGACCAAUACAACAGCGCCAAACGGCCAACAUUGCUUCUUACAUGGAUACCGAAUUCCUGUCUUUGCAAGUGCCCAUCGGCCGAUGAGAACUCUACUUUGGACUACAUUCGAGGUCCAUUGCCGCCAUUUUCUUAUGGAAAAGUAGAGAAGGUUUAUGCAGGCAGAAGUAUUAGCCACGAGGGUGAUGAUGUCAACAAGACAAAACAUUCGGAGCAUAUUGCGGCUGCUCAAAGUGAUAUUGGAAAAGAAGACGAUGUAACUGCUACAGUAGAUAUGCAGGAACUACGUAACGAGUUACAGCCCUUGUUGGGGGGAAAGAAAGCUUCUUUGGAAGAUUUGGAGGCAUUAAUAAAAAAGAAUCCAAUAACAUCUGUUAAUAUAACAAUAUCAAAUCCGCAAAUAGAGAAUGCCAAUAUAUCACAAACGUACAAUUGUGUGGUUGUUGCAGAUCGGGAACAAUUGCAGCUUAAUUCUGAUGGAUCUGUCUCAGACGACAACAAUCCUAAUUGGAUGACGCCAGAAUUGUUGGCAUUCAAGCACAAUCUUGCAUUUCCAGAUAGUGCUAAUACAACACCAACCGUACGACGCAGAGUUAAUAUAAAAUGUCGUCGAUUUUCUGUUGACUUAAGUCAGAUGCGAUCGUUGCGUCUAUUCUUUAAUGACAACAGUUGUACAUCGGGCCAGCUGGUGAUCGCUUCUCGAGAAUCGCAGUAUAAAAUAUUACAUUUUCAUUAUGGAGGAUUGGAUCAUUUAGCACAGGUUCUACACCAAUGGCACUGCUUUCUUCAUAACAUCACACAUUCAGUAGGUCAUGAAAAGCAAAAUUUACCUUACCGACAAUUCAUGGUUUGUAGACCAGAGGUAAAAAAAUCUGAAUUGCACCCUGACGAAGGCAAUGUGCAAAAGAUUACUACCAACUUUUUCUAUGGCACACUUCUCAAUGAAAAGGGCCAGAUUGACGAUGAUUUAAUGCUACGAAAAUGUGUAUUUUUUGGAGGACUUGAGAAGAGCCUUCGUAAGACCGUUUGGCCAUUCUUGCUGAAAUGCUAUUCCUUUUCAUCGACAUUUGAAGAUCGGGCAGUUUUAAUGGACAUCAAGCGGCAGGAAUACGAGGAAAUAACUAGAAGGCGCUUAUACUCAAUGUCUCCAGAAGAACAGAUUCAUUUUUGGAAAACUGUACAGUGUGUGGUUGAAAAGGACGUUGUGCGUACCGAUCGAUCAAAUCCAUUUUUCUGUGGAGACGACAAUCCAAAUACUGAAAUAAUGAAGAACAUUUUGCUAAACUACGCAUUCUAUAAUGCGGGAAUAUCGUACUCGCAGGGCAUGAGUGAUUUGUUGGCUCCUGUACUCUGCGAAAUACAAAAUGAAUCGGAAACUUUUUGGUGUUUCGUCGGACUUAUGCAACGAGCAUUUUUUGUAUGCACCCCAACCGAUAACGAUGUCGAUAGAAAUCUUAACUUUCUGCGUGAACUUAUACGCGUUAUGUUGCCUCGUUUUUAUGAACAUCUUAAACAACAUAGCGAUGCCUUGGAGUUACUCUUUUGCCACCGCUGGCUUUUGCUCUGCUUUAAGCGCGAGUUUACAGAAGCCGUUGUCAUUCGAAUGUGGGAGGCAUGCUGGUCAAAUUAUUUAACAGACUAUUUCCACCUUUUCCUUUGUUUAGCCAUUAUCGCCGUAUAUGCCGACGAUGUUAUUGCUCAAAACCUUAGAACUGACGAGAUGCUGUUGCACUUUAGUUCUCUCGCCAUGUAUAUGGAUGGCCAAUUAAUAUUGCGUAAAGCUCGCGGGUUACUGCAUCAAUAUAGGCAACUUCCCAAAAUUCCCUGUACAUUAGCAGGACUUUGUAAGCGAUGUGGUCCCGGUAUGUGGGAUUCGGAGCAUAGGCCAGCCUUGGAAUGUGUUGGACACACUGAAGAUGAAAAAUGUUCCUUAGCUAUAGAUUAA